UUGAGCCAGUUGACAGCAUGCACGAGACAGAGACCCAUCUCCUGGCGGGAGGGGUUGAUAGUGGGGAGGAGGAGACCGAGGACAGCAUCAUGUCUCCCAUCUCUGUAGGACCCCUGUCCCCGCACCCCAACAACCACCAUCCCAGCCACCAUCAUCACCACGAGAUCCCCUUCAUGCCCAAGGAAGGCUCGCCCUACGAGGUGCCCGUCUACAUUCCCGGCCCCAGCGACCUGGAGCUGCGCGAGUCCUCGGUUCCCGGAGCGGGCCUGGGGAUAUGGGCCAAAACCCGGAUCGGGAUGGGAGAACACUUUGGACCUCACAGCGCACUGCAGAGCGCCACGGUCAAAGACAGCUCCUUCGGAUGGGAGCAGAUGCUGAAUGACCACGAGGUGACGUCCUCUCCGGAGAGCUGCUUCAAAAAGGUGGUGGAUGAGAUGGGCAACGUCAAGUUCUGUCUGGACGAAGGCUCAGAUCCCGGUGGGAGCUGGCUCAAGUAUGUACGCACUGCCAUCUCCAAUGAGGAGCAGAACAUGGAGGCGUGUCACCUCAUCGGAGACCAGAUUGAUUAUAAAGCUAUUAGGGAUAUUGAAGUGGGGGAAGAGCUAUUGGUGUAUAUGAAGGAAGGAAUUUUCCCCGAGGGAUCGAUGGCACUAAACCUAGAAGACAAACAGAUGUACCGCUGUGAGGACUGUGACGAGCUGUUCACCUUGGCCCUGGAGCUGCAGCGGCACCAGAAGUGCUUUUGUUCCAGCGCCGGGUCCGUGUUCGACACUCUCAGCAACGAGGACUUCAAGCAGGGCUGUGACGACAGCGACCACGAGUCUGUCCACGAGUGCAAGGACUGCGAGAAGAUCUUCCCCGACGAGUACAGUCUGGGCCAACACAUGAUUGUGCACACAGAGGAGCGAGAGUACAAGUGUGACCAGUGUCCCAAGGCCUUCAACUGGAAGUCCAACCUCAUCCGCCACCAGAUGUCCCACGACAGCGGCAAGCAGUUCGAGUGUCAAAACUGCGAUAAGGUACAGCACACCCAGCAUGUGUUCACGGACCCCAGCAACCUGCAGCGCCACAUCCGCUCGCAGCACAUAGGGGCGCGCACUCACACCUGCCCCGAAUGUGGCAAGACCUUCGCCACCUCCUCGGGCCUCAAGCAGCACAAGCACAUUCACAGUAGUGUCAAGCCCUUCAUCUGCGAGGUGUGCCACAAGUCCUACACGCAGUUCUCCAACCUGUGCCGCCACAAGCGCAUGCACGCCGACUGCCGCACCCAGAUCAAGUGCAAAGACUGUGGCCAGAUGUUCAGCACUACUUCCUCCCUCAACAAGCACCAGCGUUUUUGUGAGGGCAAGAACCAUUAUGGCCCUGCCGGGGGCCUCUUUGCUCCCGGCAUCCCUAUGAGCAGCCCCAUCCUGGCCAAGUCCAAGUCCCAUCCCCACCACCACCAACCGGGACUCAACCACUCAGGUCUGGCCUUCCUUGACUACUUCCCCUCCCGGCCCCAUCUUCACGCCAGCCUAUCCUUCUCCCCCAGGCCGCUUGGCUUCCCCUCGCUCUCCCAUGGCUUCCCGGAUCUCUUCGUCCCCUUGCUCUACCCCCGACCGUCCUUACUGCCCCCCAGCCCCUUUCUGAAGAGCCCCCUGGGCAAGAACAGUAACAACGGUGGGAGCCAGGAGGGCAAGCUGCCUCACAGCCCCCUGGACGGGACUCCAUUGUCUCUGAUCAGCUCCAUCAACAACAACAACGGAGGAAAUAGUCUCCUCAGCAGUCAGGAGAGGGAGGACAAAGAGAGGCUGGAGCUGGCGUACAGAGAAGUUAAGGCCAAAGCCAAGAUAUCGGAGGUGUCGGACGGCAGCGACCUGAAGGAAGUCAACGCCACCAGCGGCACCGACCUAGACACCACCACCGGCACCGUCUCGUGUUCAGAGUUAGACAGCGAUGCUGAGAGUGAGCGGGAACAACGGGAGCGGGUCAGCGGCACGAAGAGAAGGAAGGAGGCAGGCGUUGGAGGGGUGGUGGGGACAGAUAGGAUCGGUCAGGAUGGGCGGCCGGACAACGUGAGCAGCGGCUCAGUGUCGGCGGUGUCCAGCUCGUUCAACCUGGCUUGCGAGCAGCCCCCCUUCCUCUCGGUCGCCUCCCAGCACUCCUUUCCGCAUCCGGACGAACAGGCACUGCCCCCCACAGGGGCCACCGCUGCCACCGACUCCAUCAAGGCCAUCGCUUCCAUCGCUGAGAAAUACUUUGGCCCUGCGCUAAUGGGCCUGCAAGAGAAGAAUAUGGGCUCGAUGCCCUGCCAUUCGAUGUUCCCUUUCCAGUUUCUACCCAACUUCCCUCACUCCCUCUACCCCUUCACCGAGCGGGCCGGUGCCCUCAAACCCGGCAUGUUCUUCAAGGCUGAGCCCAAGUCGCCUCGUGUGCAACAUCCGCCACCCCACAAAAUGGCUGCCCCUCGCACUGAAGAGCCAUCGCCCUUUGACCUCACCACCAAGCCAAAGAAGACCAAACCAAAACUGCCGGCCCCCGCCAAGUCGACCCCACCCAGCAGUAGCAGCAACACCCCCCUCCUUCUCCCGGGGGAUGAGGAGCAGCCACUCGACCUCAGCAUCAGCAGCCACAGACGGGAUGUGCACAACGGGGUGGUGGCCCCUGAGCAGCCGUCCAGCCGCAAGAACCAAUGCAAGGAGGAGCACCCCGGCAGCCAUCCGCACCAACACACCCUGCACCCCCAGGGCCACCCCCUCCUCCAGCCCCUGCUGUCACAGCACCAGCAGCCCCUGGCCCAGCCGCCCCAGCAGCAGCCCUCCCUGCAUUACACCAAGCCCUCGGCCUUCUUCAUGGACCCAAUAUACAGCAGGGUGGAAAAGAGGAAGUUACUGGACCCUGUAGGAGCUUUGAAGGAGAAGUUCCUGAGGGCCAAUUCACUUCUCUUCCAUCCACAGAUGUCAGCCAUGGAGAGCAUAACGGAGAAGCUGGAGAGCUUUGGCGCUCUCAAACUGGAUGCUUCGCCCAACUUGCUGCAGCACUCGGCCCACCCACUCUUCAACGUCCGCUCGCCGCCCUCCCUCUCUGACGCCAUCCUCCGCAAAGGCAAGGAGCGUUACACCUGCAGGUACUGUGGGAAGAUCUUCCCCAGGUCAGCUAAUCUUACCAGGCACUUACGGACACACACAGGGGAGCAGCCCUACAGGUGUAAAUACUGUGACCGCUCGUUCAGCAUCUCCUCCAACCUCCAGCGGCAUGUACGCAACAUCCACAACAAGGAGAAGCCCUUCAAGUGUCACCUGUGCAGCCGCUGUUUCGGCCAGCAGACCAACUUAGACCGCCACCUAAAGAAGCAUGAGCACGAGAACCUGCCCGUGAGUCAACACUCUGGGAUCCUCUCCAACCUAGGAAACAACAUUUCCUCUCCCAACUCCGAGCCAGAUCACCAUGCACUUUUAGAUGAGAAAGAGGACUCUUACUCUUCGGAAAUCCACAACUUCAUUUCCAACAGCGAGAUGAACCAGGCAUCCAGCUCCACAGACAAGAGGUCAGAACUUACGGAGGAGGAGCGUCUGUCGAGCCACGGCCUGUCCAGCUCCCGGGGGCUAGAGGAGGAGGAGGCGGAGGGAGAUGAUGAAGAGGAGGACAAAGGCAGCCUGAAGGAGGAGGAGCGUCCAUCGAGCCACGGCCUGUCCAGCUCCCGGGGGCUAGAGGAGGAGGAGGAGGAGGGAGACAAUGAAGAGGAGGAAGAAGGCAGCCUGGCGGAUAAAUUUCAGGACGAAGCACCCAAAUCCCCCUCCCCGAUCACCAUGGUCACACCGGGGGCGUACGAAGACGAAGAGGGGGAGGGAUCGGAGGAAGCCACACCGUUGGCUAUAAGCUACAAACACACCCGCAGACCUGCAUUGUUGGUUAAGGGCUUGCUUAUGCAAUGAUGCUUUCUCUGUCGGAGAACAACCCUUUGCACGCAUCCUCCCAGAACUCACUGGAUGCCUGGCUGAGCAUGGGAGGGUCCGUCCGGGACGAGCAGUUUUUACCCACUCAGACACAUCUGAGAGAGUUAGGAGGAGGGAUGAAGCCUACUGCGGAGGAAAACUCAACAUCACAUAGUCCUGGCCUGAGAAGAGAGAGGAUUUGUGACUCCUGCCCUUCUGUGUGUGUGUGUGUGUGUGUGUGUGUGUGUGUGUGUGUGUGUGUGUGUGUGUGUGUGUGUGUGUGUGUGUGUGUGUGUGUGUGUGUGUGUGUGUGUGUGUGUGUGUGUGUGUGUGUGUGUGUGUGUGUGUGUGUGUGUGUGUGUGUGUGUGUGUGUGUGUGUGUGUGUGUGUGUGUGUGUGUGUGUGUACGAGGGGCCUCUCAGAUAGACACUCACAGGCAGAGAUCAAAGUAGCACUGCUCCGCCCGUGUAGAUGGGUGAAGGACAUCCCAGGAAAGACCACCCCACUCCAUUCAGCGAAGCCCUUUAGUUGAACUCUCAGAGACAAUCACGCUUCAGUAUGCCACUGCAUUACUAGGGGAGCAAAAUGUCUAUUCUACAACAGCAAAUUCUCAAUAGCUUCAUAUACACUGACAGUAGGUCUGGAAUAUGUGCAUUGCAUGUCCGUAGGGGGGCGCUCAUCUCACUCGGUGGGAGGAGCAAAAGUAAGUAUCAACACAUAAUGGGGGAGUACUAGCUCGUUCACCCAAAGAACCCCCCCCCCAUCCUCCUCAUCUUAUCAAAUUACUUCACACUCUCCAUUCCUGUUUGAAAUCAGUAAUACCACAAUGCUGAGUGUUACAGCAGGAAACUCUGGUUUAUAAACUCUGGUUUAUAAAGAAAGUACAGGACGAUGAUAUCAUGGAGGUUGACCCACCCCCCCCCAACAUAUAAUGUGCAUUACAGAUGUCAUAGUAUCGCCUUCAACAGUUAUCUGGUGAGCAAGAUAUUUUAAAUUGACAACCAUUGGUUAGAGUAGCGGAUAACGUAUUUCCCCCUCUUUUGCUCAUUUGUUAACUUGAUUCCAUUUUGCUUUUUGAUAAACAGUAUUGUCUCUUUUUAGGCACCUCUGUGCUCAAAUGUUAAUAUAAAUAGUGAAGGGCCAAAAUUGUAUGAUAUUGUUGUAUGAUGUGCAAAAUAACCUGGACGUUCAUGGCAAGAGUGGUAUGUGCCAAAUAACCCGUAGAAAAGGUUUUGUUCUCUGACAAGCAUUUCUUUUCCAGGGGUUUUCAUAGCUGUCAAAGAUGAUGUGAUUACCUUCUUCUAUAUUCAUUUGAAGACUGGGUGGAUUCUAUUUAUUUGGGUAAACAUUUUGGGGUCACGAUUGGAGACAAGUGACAACUGAAAAAGUUUUUUUUCUCUCUCUCUCUUACUUGUUGCUGAAGGAAUGAAAGUGAAUCGAAACGCAAGUGAGAUUGUGAGUCUCGGUUUCAAUGCUUUUUUGUGUAAAGACCAGUGUGCCAAAUUGGAAAGAAACCAUGAAAUCAGAUGCUUUUAUUUAUAGUGACAUGGUAGUCCUAGAUUGUUUAGAUCAGUGGUUCCCAACCAGGGGUACUAGAACCCCUGUGGGGUACUUGGUCUAUCCACAGGGGGUACUUGAGGAGACUAUGGGCCUACUGGUAAAAUGCACAUGAAGGGGUACUUCAGGGGUACUACGGGCAGAGCAAAAUUCAGUUGGUGGGUACAAUAACUGGAAAAGGUUGGGAACCACUGAUUUAGAUCAUGUUUGCAAUGUUGUGUCUAUCGUGUGGUUUGAUGAUUCUCGCUUCAGUUGAACCAAUGCAACCAGUAUGCUGAGUGUUUUGUGUUCAAGGUGGUUGAAUUCUUACUUUGGCUAUUUUGGAAAUUGCAACCUUUACUAUGAUUGUCAGGUGAUUUGGAUGCCAGGGCAUUGCAUUGUUAGCUUGUAAUUUAUCCUAAGUUUGAGCAAGUCAGUUUUACUCUACAAUAAAUCCCAUCAACAUGUUAACUUAACCAGUUUAUCAGUGCUCCGAUUCUGCGUGAAUGGUUUCCAUUUUGUAGGAAUUUUUAAAUGUGACCAUGUGGUUGUAGAAAAGAACAUCUCAGAAUCCCCCGUCAUAGAUAAAAUAGACUUUUUUUGUCAGAUAGUGUCCAACUACAGUGUACCAUGCCAUCAUACUUCCACUCUUUAGUUGAAGGGUCUGUGCUAUCCGGGAUCCUUGGGACCCCAUUGAAAUUGAAAUGUAAAAUGGUAAGGGUUAAAGUAGAGGUUAGGGAUCCCAGAUAGCACUGACUUUUUUUAACCUUUAUUUAACCAGGCAAGUUAAGAACAUAUUCUUAUUUUCAAUGCUGGCCUAGGAACAGUGGGUUAACUGCCUGUUCAGGGGCAGCACAACAGAUUUGUACCUUGUCAGCUCGGGGGUUUGAACUUGCAACCAACAUUCCCCCUUACUUCAACUGUGUCUGAGAUGUAUUUAUCUGUGUCUGUAAGGGGUUUUAACACCCAGCAUAACACAUUUACUGUACUGUGAGGAGUAAACCUGACUGGCCUCACUUAAAAUAAUGAUGACCUUGGGAGAAAAAUCUACAUCUAAUUGAAGCACUGUAAUCAUUUGUUUUGUCAGCAGGUGGCAGGGUGAUACUAGUUUUGCUGCAUAAAUCCUCUUAACGAUCCGUGCCUUUUUAAAAACAUUUUCCUAAAAUAACAUACCCAAAUCUAACUGCCUGUAGCUCAGGACCUGAAGCAAGGAUAUGCAUAUUCUUGGUACUAAUUGAAAGGAAACACUUUGAAGUUUGUGGAAAUGUACUACUGUAAUAAGUGUGCGCUGUUAUGGAUCCACAUUGAAGUCAAAGAUCACAUUGUUGUCUCUCAAAUACAUAGUUACAUUUGUUGCUUAGCUAGCUAGCAUUUUUUUUGCCAUAUUAACAUAGAAGUGUCAUCAAUCAAAACACCUCAAAACAAAGACAUGGUAUCAAGAACAAGGUAAAACUAGCUGAAACGAGUACCCACGAUUCACAUGUCAGCUUCUUGUCAUUGUUGCUAGCUAGCUAUGUGGCCAUCCAGAAUCACAACACACAGACGUCUGCCCCAUUGAAGCGCGCUCAUCGUUUUCAUUAUGUUUUCAGCUAACCAGGGUAUAGUAUUUUCACAAACAAUGUUGCAUUAUGUCCAAAACAUUAAAUGAAAAGAAAUGGGUUAAAUGGAUGGUGCUCGUUUCAUUUGAAUCUGAGUUGUAUCACCUCUGUUAUGUUUAUAAAAAAUAUAUAUUGUGCAUGAUGUGUUUAGCAGUCAUAAUGAUGUCCAUUUGUGAAAUGUGCAUCUUAAAUUUUAAAAUGAAAUUUUAAAAAGAAAUGAAUCUGUAGAUGCACUUAUUGUACGUGGUUGGGUUAGUAGGUUUGACUUCAAACCAAUACAAUAGGAAUGUAUUGGGCAGGUGGUUCUUAAAUGACUAUAAAAAAGCUUGUGGCAGAGAGAUGUAAUAAAAAAAUGAAAGGAUUGUAGAAUAACAUGGAUCAAUUCUGAAAUUGCAGUUUUUUUAAUGCCUCUGAUUAUUGAAGAAAUGUAAUUGAAAUGACAUGAUUCUGAUGAUAGAAAUGUAUACCAAAUGUAAUCUUUCCAAUGUUGUGAAGAAUUUAUACAUGAAAUUGAUAUGCAAUAAAACCUGUGUGCUUUUUA